UCUAUCUUGUAGAAAAAAAUUAAUUUGCAUAUAUACCACUACUUGAGAAGGAAAAGCUCACAAAGCCAUUGUUACAGCCACAAAAUUAUCAUUUAGAAGAGUCCCUCUUAGUCAUGUCAAUCGAUAAGUCAUGGAUUGGAAAACCACGAAACACGCAUGAGUAUAAAGAUGGUCUAAACAAGUUUUUGGAUUUCACUUUUGAGCAUCGAUCUCUCGGGGGUCGUCAGAUUAAAUGCCCUUAUCCGGUGUGUGGUUUUAGCAAGUGGCAAACAAGAGAGAAAUUUUUUGAACAUUUAAUAGUAAAGCCAUUUCCAGAAAACUACAAAGUUUGGUAUUGGCUUGGUGAAGAAGCAGUUGGAGUUGGGUCACAAGCUCAUCAAACUAGUCAUAUUGUACAAGAUGAUUUGACAUCUCAACAUCCAAUGGUAACAAUGCUCAAUGACGCAUUUGGAGUUACUGGACCUGACUUGAAUGAAGAUGGAUAUGGAGAUGAAGACAACAUAGAAGAUGGAGAUGAAGAUGAAGACAACAUAGAAGAUGGAGAUGGAGACAAUGUAGAAAUUGUAGAAUUUUACAAGUUAUUGGAAGAUGGUAGUGAACAAUUGUAUGAAGGGUGCACAAAGUAUUCAAAACUGUCUUUCUUGAUUAGUCUGUAUCACAUAAAGUGCUUAUACAGAAUAAGCGACAAAGCUAUGACCGAAAUUCUCAAGUUAAUAAAAGAUGCUUUUGGAAAUGCGAAGAUUUCAAAUACAUUCUAUGAGGCCAAGAAAACCAUAAACAAACUAGGGCUUAAUUAUACCAAGAUACCUGCUUGCCCUAAUGAUUGCAUGUUAUAUUAGGGGGAGGAUGAAGAUUUGCAAGAAUGCAAAAUAUGCAAGACAUCUAAAUGGAGCGAUGCUAAAAAGAAGAAACCAGCAAAGAUCUUGUGAUACUUUUCACUAAAACCGAGACUUCAACGAUUAUUCAUGUGUUCUAAGACUGCUCAAUCAAUGCGAUGGCAUGCUUCGGCAGAAAAGAAAGAUUCGAAGAUGAGGCAUCUGCGGGAUUCUGAAGCUUGGAAGACAUUUGAUUUACUUCAUGAUAGGUUUGCCGAAGAUCCUCGAAAUGUACGUCUUGGUCUUGCAGCUGAUGGAUUCAACCCCUUUGGAGCUAUGCGUACAAACUAUAGCGUUUGGCCAGUGGUGCUUAUUCCAUACAAUCGACCUCCAUGGGAGUGCAUGAAGCCAACAUCACUAAUCUUGUCAAUGAUUAUUCCCGGAGAGAAAAUGCUGGGGAACAACAUAGACGUAUAUUUACAACCUCUUAUCAAAGAGUUAAAAGAGUUGUGGCAU